AUGUUCAAGCAAACUUGGGUCAAGUUCAGCCCAACUCUUGCUCCUGUACUUGGCUUCCCUAGAGUGCCAGUGCACGGCAAGCCUGCCGAUGGUUUCAAGCACACCUUCCUUCAAUUUCCCGCCGCGGAUGAGCCGGAGAUCAUCGAGACCGACGUGGUCAUCGUUGGUAGUGGUUGCGGUGGUAGCGUGGCGGCGAAGAACCUGGCCGAAGCAGGCCACAAAGUACUAGUGUUGGACAAAUCUUAUCACUACACGUCAAAUCACUUUCCCAUGAACUUCAACGAGGCCUUUAAUAGCAUGUUCGAGUCAGGGGGUGCCGUCGUGACCGAUGAUGGCUCGAUGGCUGUUCUGGCCGGUUCAACCUGGGGUGGCGGUGGCACGGUCAACUGGUCCGCUGCCCUGCAGACCCAGGGAUUUGUACGCGAGGAAUGGGCGAAGAAUGGUUUGCCUUUCUUUACCUCGAUGGAGUUCCAGAACUGUCUGGACCGUGUUUCGGAGCGGAUGGGGGUCGACGUUGAGCAUAUAAAGCACAACAAGACAAACCGCUUUAUUCUCGAGGGAGCUCGCAGACUGGGCUACGCUGCGAAGACCGUGCCCCAGAAUACGGGCCACACUGAGCAUUAUUGUGGCUACUGUACGCUCGGCUGCCAUUCCACGGGGAAGAAGGGCCCCACGGAAACUUUCCUGGCAGAUGCCGCGACAGCCGGCGCAACCUUCAUUGAAGGCUUCCGUGCAAACAAGAUCCUGUUCACUGACACUAAAGAUGGCCAGGUAGCGUCAGGGGUCGAGGGAGUGUGGACCUCCAGGGAUGCGUACCUAGGUCGUUCAGGUGCAACUGCAGUUACGCGAAAUGUCACCAUUAAGGCGAAGCGGGUAGUCGUCUCUUGCGGCACUCUGCAAAGUCCUUUGCUGCUUCUUCGCAGUGGAUUGAAGAAUCCCCAGAUUGGCCGGAAUCUCCACCUUCAUCCUGUUGCCAUUGCGGGUGCAGUGCUAGAUGAGGAGUUCCGCCCUUGGGAAGGCGCUGCGCUGACCACCGUCGUCAAUGAGCUCGAGAACCUGGAUAAUCAAGGUCAUGGAGUUAAGAUCGAGGCCUUGUCAAUGGUGCCCGCGGCUUUUCUCCCUCUAUUCCCCUGGCGCAAUGGUCUCGACUAUAAGCUCUGGGUGCAGAAGUUGCCUCGCAUGGCCGGUCUGAUCAUGCUUGCGCGCGAUCGAGGCACUGGGCGGGUUUAUCCAGACCCGGGUGAUGGACGAAUUCGCAUAGACUAUGCUGUUUCACCCACGGAUCGUAAGCACAUUGUCGAAGGUAUAAUCGCCAGUGCCAAGAUGGCAUAUGUUUCGGGCGCAAAGGAAUUCCACACUUCAUGGCGUGAAGUGCCCCCGUUCAUCCGCCCGGUGGAAUCCGAUGCCGAGGAUACAGAAGGUGCCAAUAAUGCAGCACUUCAGGCUUGGAUCGCGGAAGUGCGUCGCAAGAAACCCCUUGAUCCGGAGCGAACUAUGUUUGCCAGUGCGCAUCAGAUGGGGACGUGUCGAAUGGGCAAAUCACCCAGGACCAGUGUGGUAGACUCGGACUGUCAAGUCUGGGGCACCCGGGGUCUGUAUGUGGUGGAUGCGUCCGUCUUCCCCAGCGCCAGUGGCGUCAACCCCAUGCUCACCAACAUGGCCAUUGCCGACCGGGCUAGUCGUAAUCUGGCCCGAUCGAUGCGGAGAGGCGAUCAGAACUUCCACGCUCGUCUGUAA